AAUCGCUUUCCAAGUCUUCAGUGCGAGAGUGGUCCAGCAAAAUCAACAUCAUGGCGUUCGCACCCUGUUGCAUGAGUCAAGAAGACUACGAAAAUAAACAAAAAUCAAAAAAAAUUGAUACUUUUCUUGCAAAAGAAAAAGUUCAAUACAGGAGAAGAGUAAAAAUUUUACUUUUAGGUGCUGGAGAAAGUGGAAAAACAACAUUUUUAAAACAAAUGAGAAUUAUUCACGGUAAAGAUUAUUCCGAGGAAUCUUUAUUAGAGUUUAAACCUAUUAUCUAUUCAAAUGUUUUAAAAGGCAUGAAAGUACUUGCAGAUGCAAGAAGAAAAUUAGAUAUACCAUGGGGUGAUCCAAAUUCAGAAUUAUAUGGCGAGUAUAUAUUAAAUAUUGACCAUCAAACUUCUACUUUUGAUACUGCUUUUUUUUUGGAACAUGUUGAAGCAAUUAGACAUCUAUGGAAUGAUACUGGUAUACAAACAGCUUUUAAAAGACGAAAUGAGUUUCAGUUGGGAGAUUCUACAUCCUAUUUUCUUGAUAGUUUGGAUCGAGUAGGACGAAAAGACUUUAUGCCCAGCAAGCAGGACAUGCUUCACUCUAGAAAAGCAACUAAAGGUAUUCAAGAAUAUGAAUUUGAUUUAAAAGGUGUUCCGUUUGUUAUGGUUGAUGUGGGCGGUCAAAGGUCACAGCGCACAAAAUGGUUUCAGUGUUUUGAUAAUGUCACUUCAAUUCUAUUUAUGGUGUCUUCUAGUGCUUAUGAUCAAGUAAUUAUGGAAGAUCGGCGUACAAAUUGUCUGAUUGAGUCAUGCAUGAUCUUUGAGACAAUAGUGAAUAAUAAAUGCUUUACAAAGGUUUCUAUUAUCUUGUUUCUCAACAAAACCGACCUGCUUGAACAGAAGAUUAGAAAUAGACAUAACAGUAUUAAAGAUUUCUUUCCGCAAUUCCAAGGCGACCCAUACAAUCUAAGUGAUGUCCAGAACUUUAUUUUACAAAUGUUUGACAGUCGUAGACGUGAGCGUUCAAAAGCUCUUUUUCAUCAUUUUACAACUGCUAUUGAUACAGAAAACAUUAAAUUUGUUUUCCAUGCUGUCAAAGACACUAUACUGCAGGAUAACUUGAAGUCUUUAAUGUUACAAUGAGUAUAUGAGACUUCUUUAUAAUUUGCCUAUUACUGGCUCUAGUCAUAGACACCUGCUCUUAGAACUUUUUUGCUUUUGUAUUAUGCCGUUUGCAUAAACAAAUUCUAAUGAUAAUGUAUUAGGAAAAAAAUUUCCUGAUGUAUAUGCAUUUUUCAGUAUGCCUAAAAUCAUAUAUGGUUUAAAGUAAUGUGUAAAUAAAUAAAGAAAUAUCUACUGACACUGACUCUAGUGUUCUCGAAGGAAUAAAGACAUUGUGGUGAAUUGUGGUUGAGUUAACAAUGCUUUUUACACAACUAAAGUUCCUAACUUGUUUGAUCUUGUUGAUAUUUUUAAAAAAAUAUUCAUUUAGGGUUUAAGUUCACUAUAAGUUUCAUAAAUGAAUACAAGGGAAAUAAGUUUUAUUCAUAGAGGAAAGCGGGAAAAUUAACUGAAGUUAUUUUGAAAUUAGCUCAUAUAUUCUGUAGUAUUUUAUUUUUUUAAAAAUAAAAAUAUAAAAAAUUAUUUGAAAUAUCAUAUUCAAAUCAGUGAAAGCAAUUUUUUAAGUAAUGAAGUAGUUGUAAUUUUUAUAUAUACCUAUCAAUUUUAUUCUGACGUCUUUAUUAUAUGAUUAUGUUUUUAUUUUAGUUUUAUUAUUGUUAUUCAUAUAUUUUAUUAUAUUUUCGUUAUAAGCAUUUUUCAAUUCUUUUUUUUUUUAGUUUGAACAUAUGUUAUUGCAAAUAACUUUAAGGUUUUGUUUUUUUUUAAUAAAAUGAAUGAAUAGCUUUUUUCCUUUUUUUAAUUUGCUUUGUUUGAGGCUUUCCCCAUUUCUUUUUAUAUGUUGAAACAAUGAGUUUGCAGCAAAUGUUUACUUGUUUAUUUUCCUUGUUAAAGUUUUCCGUAUGCGUCUGCUUUAGGUUGGCGCUUUUAUUUUUAUAAAAUAUAUUCUGUCAGUAAAUACAAUUGGACACUAAAAGUAACAUGGUACUCAGAAAGAAAAAUAUAAUUUUUUUAUUAAAAAUAUGUUAA